AUGGAAUUCUUCAGUCGAAUGACCGAAUCACAAACUCGGCGUUCGGCUGCUAACCUGAAUAAAAUUAAACCUGACGCUGCAUGCACCAAACAGCAUGCACUUCCCCGACCUUUAAUUAACGAUGGAUUUUCGACUGCCAGCGGAGAAGACUUGAACAACCAAAGUUUUCUUCGUCUGAAGGCAAAAGUCGAUGAAAAGAACCAGAUUGUAUUGGAAAACCAACGUUUGGCGAAUGAGUUGAGUCUAGUUCAAUCCCAACUGACAGACUCCCAUUCCAAGUUACGACAAUUCCACAACAAGUUAGCAACUACCAAAAGCAAACUCGAAGAAAAGAAAAGUCUUAUUACUGACAUUACGGAGAAAAAUCUCCGCUUGACAAAUGAAAAUUCGCGACUUAAGCGAAAAACUGAAGACAGGGAUAGAAUUAUCGAAGACAGAGAUAGAAUUAUCGCAUCCAGUGCGAUUGAGAAAAAUCUGAUUGCAUUGGAUAAAGAACGUUUGGAGAAUGAGUUGAGUCUGCUUCAAUCACAACUGACAGACUCCUCAUCAAAGCUGCAAAUGUUUCAGAACGUACACGACGAGUUGGAAACUACCAAAUGCGAACUGGAAGAAAAGAAACAUGAAAUGACUGAGAUUAUAGGGGAAAAUCUCCAGUUGACAAACGAGAAUUCGGGGCUAUGGCGCAAAAUUGAAGCCAAGGAUAGAGUUAUUGCAUAUAAACGAGCGAAUUUGGAGAAACUACAAAAUAGCCUUGAAGAGAAAAAAUUGCACAAGGUGCACGAAGAACUGGCUUCGAGUCAACGUGCUCUGGUAUCCAAAAACAGAACAAUUACAAAACUUCAAGAGCAAAAUCGAGAAAGUCGAGUGGAAAUGGAGCAACUCCGGACUUGCCUAAGUGAACAACAAUUUGACACCUCGCAGUUGACCGUCGCUACAAGUGAGCUAGAGUCAAAAACUAGAAUCAUUACUGAACUCGAAGCGAAAAAUCUCAGUUUGGCCGAAAACGAUGGGCGGUUAAGGCGCAAAAUGGAAGACGACGAUCGUCUCCUUCAAUCCAGUCAGUCGGCUUUGCAACAAUUACAAGAUGAACUACUAGAAGAUGUGACAUCGUCUCAGUCCAUUUCAUAUGGAGUGACGUGA